CUAUCAGAAGUUAGCCCGUUUGGUCAUAAAUUGGGGCCUGUUUCAACUAAAAUGUGGGAUGCUGCCUGUAAACUACACAACAAUCGAAAUCUUGAUAAUAAUAUAAGCUAUAGACUAUGUUCAUUAUUAGAACAAAAUGGUCAACUCGAAGAUAUCCAUGAGGAAAGAAAUAUGAUGCGAUACAAAACAGAAGAUGGAAAGCUAGGAAAAGCGGCCGUUGACAAUACCAAGAAUGUAUUUUCCAACAUGAAAUCCGUAUUAUUGCCAGUUUUAGAAGUAACCUCGGAUGAAUUUGACGAAAUGAUCAAUACAUUUGGAAAGGAAUUAGAAGAUAAUGAUAGUUAUCUCGAUGUCAUUCGUGUUUAUGGACGUAAGAAGGGAAAGAUCUAA